CAGCAGGGAACAAGCCAACUUUCCUUCUCCACUCUACCCUCUGCCAACAAGCAACAGGUGGUACUCCUCCUCUCCCGCGAAGAAACCACCAAGCUUUCCAUCACACACCCAUCGGGGAGAUUCAGGCACAGGGCCUAGCUAGUCCAACAAUGGCAGACUUCUCCUCAGCCCACCACCACUCUCUCCUCAAGAUGCCUGAGGUCUUCACCACCAAUGACACCUCCACCCCGAACAUCUCGAGCUUCUUGCUUUACAACCAAACCAGCCAUGGCCAGUCUCCAGCACCAGCAAAUGCAUGUGCGGCCAUGGUGGAGGACGCCUCGCGCGAGAGCUCCUCUGCAGUUCUCGACAAUGCCUCUCUACAGGCCAGUGCAUCUGUGGACAGGAAGAGGAAAGCCACAGAUGACAGCACCACACUUAGCUCUGCUCACUCCAAGGACUGCAAGGAUGGCAAGAGUAGGAGGAAGAGGGAGAAGAGCAGCACCGAGCAGGACCAGGAGGAGGCGCCCAAGGGAUACAUCCAUGUGAGGGCAAGGAGAGGGCAGGCAACAGAUAGCCACAGCCUUGCAGAGAGGGUGAGGAGGGAGAGGAUCAGUGAGAGGAUGAGGUUGCUGCAAACACUGGUCCCUGGCUGUGACAAGGUCACUGGAAAGGCACUCGUUUUGGAUGAGAUCAUCAAUUAUGUGCAGUCCCUGCAGAAUCAAGUCGAGUUCCUGUCCAUGAGGAUUGCUUCCAUGAGCCCAGUGUUGUAUGGAUUUGGACUGGACAGUGACGGCCUCCAUGACCAGGCACAAAAGAUUGGAGGCAUGUUCCAGCAGGAAGCCCUUGCAGUGCCUGCCCCAGCUCUGAACCAAGCUAGCCCAGCUGCAUCUCAAGCCAUGAUGGACACCACAUCCUACUCACUGCAAGGCCAGGGGGGCAUCUCUUUCUCUCAGUCCCAGUCUCAGGACAGUGGCAGUUACCUGAUGCAAUCAGUGGGAGAGCAAAGACAGGAACUGCUCAAUCAAUUGGUGUUCAGCAACAUGUGCUCCUUCCAGUAGGGGAAGAGAAAGAGAUGAAGCAACCCAUAUUGACAAUAGGCGCGGGAAUAAUGCUGCAAGAUAGGUAGGAGCAGCAGAUGAGUUUGAGAUGUUGGAUCUAGUGAUCCAUCCCCUUAUCUGGAUGCGGCAGUCUACAGCAAGUAGAGUUUGCAUGCUAUGCUACACAAUUUCAGAAAGUUAUAAUAGCUGUAGCAAGCAGCACCUCAAUUAGGAAUUGUCUAUGGAUAUUUAUUACUGUACCUCAAUGGAUUCACUGUCAUCACCAUAAAAAUAUUCUUUAGUCGACUUUUGAGCGAUCAGUUGUUAAUAUAAAAGGGAGCUCUUUGCACUGUUCAAACACAGUGGCUGUUCCAUUCAGA